AUGAUGGGUAGAAGGGGCGACAAAGAUGACUGUGACAAAGAUGACUGUGACAAAGAUGACUGUGACAAAGAUGGCUGUGACAAAGAUGACUGUGACAAAGAUGGCUGUGACAAAGAUGGCGGUGACAAAGAUGACUGUGACAAAGAUGGCGGUGACAAAGAUGACUGUGACAAAGAUGGCGGUGACAAAGAUGGCUGUGACAAAGAUGACUGUGAGAAAGAUGGCGGUGACAAAGAUGGCUGUGACAAAGAUGGCGGUGACAAAGAUGGCGGUGACAAAGAUCACUGUGAGAAAGAUGGCGGUGACAAAGAUGGCUGUGACAAAGAUGGCGGUGACAAAGAUGGCGGUGACAAAGAUGGCUGUGACAAAGAUCACUGUGAGAAAGAUGGCGGUGACAAAGAUGGCUGUGACAAAGAUGACUGUGACAAAGAUGGCGGUGACAAAGAUGCCUGUGACAAAGAUGACUGUGAGAAAGAUGGCGGUGACAAAGAUGACUGUGACAAAGAUGGCGGUGACAAAGAUGGCUGUGACAAAGAUGACUGUGACAAAGAUGACUGUGACAAAGAUGACUGUGACAAAGAUGGCGGUGACAAAGAUGACUGUGAGAAAGAUGGCGGUGACAAAGAUGGCUGUGACAAAGAUGACUGUGACAAAGAUGGCUGA